AAAUCCCUUGCCGUACUUAACUUUUUUCUUCGCCGCCAUAGAAGCGAAAUUUUACUAUUUAGGCCUUUAUUUUGUAAAACAUUUACUUUAGAUGCAUUCAAUAACAACUGGAAGAUAUGGGAACUCGAGGAAUACCUCUGGAUAAGAUCAAUUUACGUUUGAUUUUGGUGAGUGGAAAAACAAAGGAGUACCUGUUCUCCCCUAACGACUCCGCGGGAGAUAUAACAGAGUCCGUAUAUAGGAACUGGCCUUCAGAAUGGGCUGACGAGAGUUUACCUGGCAGUAAUAUUCUACGACUUAUUUAUCAAGGAAGGUUCCUACAUGGAAAUGUAACACUAGGAGCUUUGCAACUACCACAAGGGAAGACAACUGUCAUGCAUUUGGUGCCCCGAGAAAACUUACCAGAGCCAAACAAUCAAGGACAGUUAAAGAAAGACAAAAGUGGUGAGAGCAACUGUAGUAAUUGCUGUGUUAUAGUGUGACGUCUCAUCUUCAUUAUCUUCUCUUCUUUUAUCCGACACUGGGGAGUGCUGGGCAGGGAUCGUGUUCCGUCAACACUGACCAGUCUGCCACGGACUCAACUACAUAUUGACUUUUAACUAUAGCUAGUCUGUGAUAACAAUAUAUAGAGGGGACGUGAUUGAAGGAUUUUCAGGGAGCAUCUACAGACACAUCUCGGCAUUGAUUUACAAAGUCACAAAAAGGAACAAGAAGUAAAAUGAAAUAGGAAUUCAAUGUAAACAGCUAGAAUUUCAUAGAAAAUCUUUCCAGUACCAUUAAUUCUGAAUUGUUAGAAAGUUCAGAUCAUGCAUAAUAUUACCAUUUCUGGAUUAAUGUGCAAGUAUAACCAAAUAAGGAUUGUUAAAAAUAAUCAAAACAGUCUUAAUAUAAAAAUCAAUAUGAUUAUUUGUAAAGAAAUAAUGUACAUAAAGAGCAAAUUAGCCAGUACAAACCAAAUUCUCUGAGCAGUUAUUGUAAACUAAUUUGUGAAAUAGAUAUAAUAAUGUUAUUUUCGGAACUAGAUGCAAUUUCAUAAUUAUGAAAGAGCUAGUAAUGGUGGCUUCACUACGUUAGACAUAGGCAGUGAUUUAUAAGUCAAUACAAUGCUAGCUUCCUUGAUGCGAGAUGAGUUGGGCCCGGUUUUUGUCAGUUGUUCAGUGUUAUUGGCAGAAGAACUCUUGAAUGAUUAAGUCCUUUUAGAUCACAUAACAAAAAAGGACACAUUUUACAGCCAGAGGCUUUUCACUUCGUUCAUUAACUCUGUUCUACGACUGACAGUCAGCGCCCUUCCUGCACCUCUUUUAUUCAGUAUAUAUCUUGUCUAUAUUAUUGAUUUUUGACGUUUUUCUAGAGAAGUAUAUUGUUUUUAAAAAAAUUGCAUUUUCAAUCACCAUGUGUGAAAAUGUGUUUUUAUAUAGUGAUGAAUUAAGUUGUUUUUAUUUGUUGAUCUUAAUUCAAGUGAAAUUGCUGCCUAGGUGAUUGAGAAACUUAAAAGAUUGUAAGAUUUUAAUGUUCUGAAAUGAACACAAUUGAUUUAAAUAAUGAUGAUUUUCUGCAACACCAUUCCUUCAUAAUAAUACAGCUACAGAACUUGUAUGUAUCUGCAAUCAUAUCAGCCAAACUGGAGUAGCUUUGAAUUAGAUCAGAGAGAAAUACUUCUGAAAGCCAGUGAAGUCUGGAUAAAAACAACAACAAAAAAAGAUAUUUGGAACAAAUUGUAUGAUAAAAAUAAAGCAGUUGUUUUCAGGUACAUUCGACAAAAUUGCAUAAUUGAUAUGCAGAAGUGCAUUUUAAAUUGAUAGAUAGUUUUAAGGAUAAUUUUCGUUAUUAAUGGAAGGAAAGUGAAAGCAUGAAAAAUGAAUAGGUGUAUAAUACUGUGUAUUGUAUCCAGUGAUGUGUCAAAACCAGAUAUGUGAUGCUUUAUAGACAGACUAAAUGACUUGUGCAUUUCAAGACAUAAUUAAUACUUCUAAAUCAUUCUCUUUUUUGCUUACUUAUUCAACAGGAAAUAGGGGUCUGCUUUUU